AUGGAGUACCAAAGGCAUAUGGAAUCCAAUUCGCUUCAGCAGCCUCAACCACAAAACCCACAGUGGGGCUACGGUUGGGGACCUCCAGCACCUCCUGCGCCUACGCAGAGGAACAAGCGCACACACUCCGAAAGUGAAGACGACGCUUUUUCUGAGGAGAGCAGUAAAGAUGCGCAAUCGCCAGGAGGAGACUCAUGUCAGCUGAUGACACGGAAACGUCGUCGCGGCGUCAUCGAGAAAAAACGAAGAGACAGGAUCAACACCUCGCUCACAGAGCUGAAGCGUCUUGUUCCAGCUGCUUGUGAAAAGCAAGGCAGCGCUAAGCUGGAGAAAGCCGAGAUAUUACAACUGACCGUCGACCAUUUGAAGAUGCUGCACGCUAAAGGUUUAGACACAUACGCGUACGAUCCUCAACGCUACGCCAUGGACUACCACAGCAUUGGCUUUAGAGAGUGUGCAGCUGAGGUCGCACGAUACCUCGUUAGCUGCGAGGGAUUGGACAUCCAAGAUCCUUUACGGCUGCGGCUAAUGAGUCAUCUUCAAUGCUUCGCUGCGCAACGAGAACUAGCUGCAAAGUCAACAAACUGGGGCUAUCCUCAGUACCCCAGUGUACCUCAACCCCAGCAUGGCUACACAGAUUUGAGACAAGAACCACCUGCGUCGACAGCUGCAACGACGAUAUCAGCACCUCCAGCGAUCGCCGCUCCUCUCUCCGCUGCGCCUAGCUAUCCCCAUUACCCUCCAGGACCACCGGCUCCGCCAGGUCCCUCGGUACCUCCAGGCCCACAUCCCGCCCCCACGGCACCCCACUACCCCGCUCCUUAUCCGCAUCAUCCACCCCAUCACCAAUACUCACAGAAUAGUUCAAAGCCGUAUAGACCUUGGGGUGCGGAAUUAGCUUAUUAG